AUGAGGAUGCAUCUUGUUGGAAUCUUGGCGAUUCUAUUACUCGCCGGUACCGAGAUUUUAGGACAUCCCUCACAGGAAAGAUUAAUGCCAGAUGGAGCACCGGUUCCCGAAGACACAGUUGUACACGAGGAUUCCGUGGCGUCGGCGUCAGAGGUAGGCGAAGAAUAUGACGAUUCCGACAUGUACAUGGAGCCGGACGAAUCCGGAGCGACUUCACCACCAGAUCGCACAGAGGAGAGCACGCAAAAAACUAAUCAAAGCGAAACGUCAACCGAUAUUACCGACAAAAGUAACGAGAAAUCAUCUGAAGUUGAGAACCCUAAAGCUUCUAAGGAUCAGGAGGCGAAAAACACGGAUCAUACUGCCACAGCACAGUUUGCUGAUGCCGGCAGAAGUUUAGAAACCGAAAGUCAAAAUUUCUUCCCGACCUUCGCGGAACUUUUUGGAAAUCACAGACUCUCAUUUGCGGAACAGCAGCAGCGUUAUCGUCCUAACAGAUUCCUAGGCUACUUCCAACGCGAUCGUAAUUAUCAGACCGCCGCGACUAAGGAUCAGCACUCGAUACUAGGAUCAGGUAACUUCGGCGUGAUCCGCGGAGGUACUUAUUAUCCGGAGGACAAAGAGAACGACGAGUACGCGAUAGACGAGAGCAUUUACAAUCCGUACUAUCAUAACCGUGCUCGUGCAAACUAUUAUAGAAACCCGAAACCGCAGCCAAUUCGAGGCGGUGAUUUCUUCGCAAACUUCCGUGAUUUCGCCGACAUUACGGCGCCGCCAAAGUCCAGUUUCUCGCAUCUUUCCGUAGUGUACGCUAACAAGAACGGCAGUUCCACCGGACGCGUCACGGAACCGAGGAAUAUCAUUGAGACUCUCAGGAUGUUGGAAGAAGAGGAGCGAUCUAACGCGGAGGAAGUGUCCACGGAAAUGCCGAGGAAAAAGCAGAGCAAGGGCAAGCUGAAACUCAUGAAGAUGAAACAGUACGAAGAGGACAAAGCCCGAAGGUCUCGCAUGUCCGUCGAGCCGCUGCUCGCUCUCAGCUGAGCGUAAAGAAAAUGUCGCUAAAGUGUACGUUAAUAUAUGGACGCAAACCUCGGGAUUUCUCCCAAACGCGGAAUUUGGCCUCGAGAUCAGAACCAAAGUCUGAAAAAGCGUCGUUUUUCUAUUAUCGGAGGAGAAUAUGUACUGAAACGUGCGAACAGGAACGGAGAUAGUUCGCAUCUUUAUUCAUGUGCGGGCAAUUACUGUGCGCGUAUACGAAUUUUUCGAUCACAAGCCGAAAAGUCGGCGGCUGGAGAAUCGUAUUUUGAAAUUAACGCGCGACACGUUGUCGGUUACGCGCGACACGUACAAUUCCUAUCAUUGGAAUUCCGACGACGCUCUCGAUACGGAGAUAAGCCAGUUUAUUGUUUUAAUCUUCCGGAGCUGACGCGAGUCUCUUGUACCCAUUCAAUAAUAUUUUUUAUUACAUCUGCAAAUUUGAAUUAUUAUUAUGAGAAACUUAGUAUGCUUUUCUUAUAUACAAGUUAUAUCAUUUUUAUUGGUUCCUUGAAAUUAAUUAUAGUAACACAAGUUAAAUGAAUCUUACUGACCCAGCAACCGUAUUACAGAUUUUGGACAGAUCUUGUCAACUCCGGAAGGUUAAAUUCAAUACUCUGUACAAAACUUCUACAUCAU